GCACGUGCCCGACGCCAUGACUUUCGACAGCGACAACAGUGGUGAUGAGCGUGGCGUUGCCAUUUCUCUUGUGUCCAACUCAUGUCCCAUGCUAUGUAACAAGCACUCCUGUCAUCUCAGCCAAGUCAAGUCAGCCUCGCAAACAAGCAACCACCGGGAAUAAAGAGGAUACGAGCCCAGGCCUUGAACAGCCAAGAUGGCCACUGCAUCAGCGAUAGCGAUAGCAGCGGCCUACCACACCACGAUCGAUCCGCGGUUGCAUCCGUACCCUUAUGCACACCCGGCGAUACACGGCCUGGGUCUGCCCACGGGAACUGCCUACACCCACUUCUCCGCGCCGGACCAGUACGAGGCUCUGCUGGGUAGGAAGCUGACGCCGACGCCGUCACAUUUGACCUCCCGCAUCCUGUACGUGCCCAGCCACAACGAUAAGGCUGCGCACCUCCCGAUCUACGACUUCACCAAGGACUACAAGGAGACGGUCCAAGAUGAGCCCGUGGGCAGCUCACGCUUCAAGACCCGCUUCGGCCUGAUGCCCAAGCCCAACGGAGACGGCCGCGGCUCGAGCGAAGUGAGCUACCUGGUCGACUUCGAGCCUCUCGAGCGGCGCAAGUCACUAUCUGGGCCCAUUGUCCCUGGCGGCGUGGGCGCUGGUGGCACCCGCAGGAAGAGCAGCCUCGGGGCUGGGCCGGCGCUUGUGACUCGCGGCACAGUCAGUCGCCGGAUGCUGUACGGUGGUGCGGACGUCGGCUUGACCAUUCCGCCACCGCAGGCGUCGCUCGCCGACGGGGACGUGGCCUACAGCGUGACGCCCGCCUCGACGGACGUGGACAUCCGGGUCGUGGUGAGCUUUCCCCUGAAGCCGACCCAGAGCAGGUUCGGCAGCAGCCGCAACGCAUGGUUCACGUUCACCGUGCCGAGCUUGCUGGACGAUGAGAGGACGCUGCAGUGGCAGGUCCAUCCCGUCGAGCACGGCCUGCUGAGGUACACGCUCGUUGAGUUAGGGGAAGGCAUCCGUGAUGGUGCAGUAGUGAACGACGCCGCCAAGGAUGAGGAAAACUGGUGGGAGGAAAAGAAGGAGCAAGAUAAGGCCAAGGAGGAUGGUGGAGACGAGGAAAAAGUCCCGUACUCCGCGACGCUCGAGAAGCAUGAGCCUCGAAUCCGCGCAAUCUACCACAAUGUUGGCCUGGGCUUUUCACUCUCGCAGCCCUUCAGCGAGGGCGCCCUGCUGUUGCAGGCCAAUCUCGACCCGGAGCUUGAGGCCAUCAUCGUCGCCAGCCUGCUUGGCCUAUUGUGGAGGGCUCGAGGCGAGGAGAGCAAGGGGAGGAAAGGCUCCAAGAGCGAUAUCACGCCAAGGACGAGGUCCAAGUCCGAGGUCAACGCACCGGUCAGGAAGAACAGCGUCGGUGCGGCGAGUGAGGAAAAGAACGCAGCUUUACCGGCGCGACCCGGCCGUCGCCAGAGCUUAAUUGGGAAGAUACUGGGGAAGAAAUAACAAGGCCCAGCUCGCACAAUGAUGUGGCAGAGGGGGAGACAGCACUAUUGAUUACACAGCAUUGUAUUUAGUGUCUUCGAAUGCUUCAGCGGCGUCUGGGCAAUUUGGUGUUCUGGAUUAUGAGAUACCCGUGGGGAGACUGUCACCAUUCACUUUCCUUAGUUGGUUUGUAC